AUGGGCAGCGCGGAGGUGGAGCCGUGGGGGCGGGUUCCCGGGCCCGCUGUCUGCCGCCGGCGGGCGGGCGACUCCUGUCCCGAGUGGAGGCGGCGGAGCCAGAGCCGGGGGAGGGGGCAGCGGCUGUCUGACGGACCGCGGCGGCGCCCGCAGCUCCUCACUGCAGCACCCCCACUACAGGCCCGAGGAGCUUUCCGGAGCUUCCCACACUUCUGGGGAGAAGACUUCUUAGCCAGCUUGAUGUUUAAAAUUCAGCUGGAGCCCUUAAAACUUCGAGCGUGGACGCUGAAUGGGUUUGUAAAGUUUCGAAACAAGGAGACCAGUGCCGGUCCAGUGGCUGUGAUGGGAAAGGAUUAUUACAAGAUUCUUGGGAUCCCAUCGGGAGCCAACGAGGAUGAGAUCAAGAAAGCCUAUCGGAAGAUGGCCUUGAAGUACCACCCAGAUAAGAACAAAGAACCCAACGCUGAGGAGAAGUUUAAGGAGAUUGCAGAGGCCUAUGACGUGCUGAGUGACCCUAAGAAACGGGGCCUGUAUGACCAGUAUGGGGAGGAAGGCCUGAAGAGUGGUGGCGGUUCGUCAGGUGGCUCCAGCGGCUCCUUUCACUACACCUUUCAUGGGGACCCCCAUGCCACCUUUGCCUCCUUCUUUGGAGGCUCCAACCCCUUCGAUAUCUUCUUUGCCAGCACUCGCUCCACUCGUCCCUUCAGUGGCUUUGACCCAGAUGACAUGGAUGUGGAUGAAGAUGAGGACCCAUUUGGCGCCUUUGGCCGCUUUGGCUUCAAUGGGCUGAGUAGGGGUCCAAGGCGAGCCCCAGAGCCACUGUACCCUCGGCGCAAGGUGCAGGACCCACCUGUGGUGCAUGAGCUGAGGGUGUCCCUGGAGGAAAUCUACCAUGGCUCCACCAAACGCAUGAAGAUCACAAGGCGGCGCCUCAACCCUGACGGGCGAACUGUGCGCACUGAGGACAAGAUCCUGCACAUUGUCAUCAAGCGUGGCUGGAAGGAAGGCACCAAGAUCACCUUCCCCAAAGAGGGCGAUGCCACACCUGACAACAUCCCUGCUGACAUCGUCUUUGUGCUCAAAGACAAGCCCCACGCACACUUCCGCCGAGAUGGCACCAACGUGCUCUACAGUGCCCUGAUCAGCCUCAAGGAGGCGCUGUGUGGCUGCACCGUGAACAUUCCCACCAUUGAUGGCCGAGUGAUCCCUUUGCCCUGCAAUGAUGUCAUCAAGCCAGGCACCGUGAAGAGACUCCGUGGGGAGGGACUUCCCUUCCCCAAGGUGCCCACCCAGCGGGGAGACCUCAUUGUCGAGUUCAAAGUUCGCUUCCCAGAUAGAUUAACACCACAGACACGACAGAUCCUUAAGCAGCACCUACCUUGUUCCUAGGCUCUGCCCCAGCCAGCCCAGAGUCUACCACAGCAAUACCCCCCACACUCACCCCAUCCAUUGUGCACCCAGCCUGAUGUCCACUGGACACUGGCAACUUUUUCUAAAAUGCAAAAAAGAAAAAAAAAAAGCCACUGGUUUUCAGGGAAAAUAUUCCUGUCCCUGACCCCUUUCAGAGCUGGGCUGCCUUGGGGGAGUGGGAGGGAGGUGGGGAGAGCUAGCCCAGGCCAGGGGUCAAUGUUCAUGUCACAAGCUUUGAAUCCAGUUCCCACUCCAGUGGCUGGAGAGUGACCUGAGUGCUACUUGAAGAUAUAGAGAUUCCUUGUCCACGCCUGUAAAUAGCAUGUCCUCCUUUCCCUCUCAGCUUUGCUAAUACCUCUCCUUUCCCUUCCCUUCAGUUUCCUCCUACUGGGGGAGGAGGAGGAUAAAAAGGACACUGCUUUCCCACCCCAGUCCCACCCCCAAGUCCACAGUGUCCAGCGUUAUCACACACACAUUCAUGCACACAAAGCACACACCUAGAGCUGUGUGUGCCUCUCCAGGGUUGAGAUAGGAAGGGAAGGUCCAUAACCCAUGAACCGGGCCAUUGAGCACGAGACACUUUUCAUUUGGGGCAGGGAGGUGAACGGGGCCCUCAGCAGCCUCCCUGACAGCUCCCCUGCCCAGACCCUGCAGAGCUGGAAGUCCUGUCUUCCCUGCUGCUCUUAGGAGUGUGCAAGGGUAGAGGAAGGAGAGAGGGCCUGCUGUAUUAAGGCUAAGAGGUGGAGGACAGGGUCUGUCUCCCAGCCUUCAUCAGAAAGGGAAAGGGCUUUGGGUCAGGUGGCAGCUAUUCCCCACCAAGAGAUUCAGGGUCACAGGUUUCUCCCCACACCUCUGAACUCAGGGCCUAGCCACCCCUAAACUUCCAAAUCCCAUUUUUGUGAUACAUAAAGCUACUUAUUUCUUACCCUUCAUGGAGGCUGCGUGGGGAAUUUCUAGCCCUUUGAUGCCUGUGUGACCCCACCCCACUCCCACAAUUGUAUAAAGGUCAAAUAGUGAAGGAGCUAGGAUAAGACUGCUUUAGCCAGGUUCUGGGGUGGGGUUUUUAGGUUUUCUCACUUUAACAAGCCCCUGAAUGUUUUUAUAGUAGUUUUUUGUAUUUUUUUGUAAUGACAGUAUUAUGGAAAAAAAAUAAAGUAUUUUAAAAAUACGGCAUCUGAGCAGGAACAACAAACCUGUGAUGGGGGCAGAUGUGCACUAUCAACCUCCCUCCUGAGCCCUGCUCACCUCUGAGAAGCCCAAGCAGGCCCUCAAUGUAAGGUGAAUGGCUCCUUCCUUCCUGUAUGCCCAGACUCCCAGAAUUUCCGAAAUGUACACCCAAAAUGCAGCAAAGAUGGAAGACAUCACUCAGCCAUUAGAAGAAACAAAAAUAUUUGGAAAGAAUAAAUAUCCUGGGUUAUGAGAAAUACAGACUAUCCUCUUCAAAGGAUGUGCUAACAUGAGAACCAAUAGAUUUUUUUCCUACAUGGACUGGAAUUUUCCUCUGAGAGAAAUUUUCCUCCUAGGAGGGGAUGGAGGAGGACUUUCUGGCUGACUAGAAGAGACACAUUCCCAAAGACAGAGCCUGAGGCAAGUGGAGAGGGCCUCUGGAGGUACCUGGCAUCAUGGGCCCAUGCUUAGCGGGGCCUGGCUGAAGACACAGGUUUCCUGUGAGGCAUAAACACUGUUGCUGAUACUUAAAUCUAAAUUUUCCAGGGAUGUCUGUCCAGGUCUUUGAAUUGCCUGUCCCUGCUGAGACAACUCUGGUCCUCAGGGCCUGUGUGUUAACUGCAUGAUGCGCUUGUCACUUUCCUUGGAUCUGGGUAGACAGGAGCCCUGUAGCUGCAGGAAUGCUCAUCUGUAGGCUCUUCCUGGGCCUGGACUUCCUCCUGGUUCUGACUUUCCUCCCAGAUUCUUCUCCAGGAUCAGGCCCGUGACGGCCACGCCCUCCUGAACUUCAGUGUCCCCAGUGCCAUGAAGACAACUCUUCACCUGUACCUGGGCUCUGCACAGAGGCUGACAAAGUCUAGGCUUUUAACAGGGAACUUCCUGACCUUGCUUUUUAUCCUGAGACAAUAGCAAUGAAAAAAGCUUAUUCUUUUAUUCGAGGUACUUUUGGGUGGAGCCUGUUCCUUCCAGUGCAGAAACCAAGGGGUUUGUGUUCACAAGGAGGUCUGCUAAUCCCCCAGCCUGAGCACGGAGAUCCCUAAUCCCGCAUCCCCUACUCAAUGCUUUCCUGCUCCAAGUCUCCUAGAGUUGUCCCUGUCUUCACUCAGGGCUAAAUUCUUGUCCUAACUCUUUCCUGAGACUUGAAGCUUUGGGAUCUAGGUCUGCUGGGCCAGACUGCUCCCUCUGGCCUCCCUGUGGAGGUGGAGGAUCUGGGAAAUUACCACGUCCCCACUGUAUUCUCUGGGGAUAGACUAUGAGACCUUAGAGGUCAGGCUAUCUAAGGUCAGGAGCACUUCAAUGAGAAAGCCCUGAAGCUGGCCUUGCAGUUCUGUCUACAAUCUGAGCCUUAUCAUUCUUGGAGGUUAUGUGGGGGAUUUGUGGUCCUUUAAUACCUAUGUAACCUUAAACACACACACACACACACAC